AUGUCAAACAGUCUACCAAAUGAAGCUAUUGCCAAAAUCCUCUCACGACUGCCUGUUGAGUCGGUCAUUAGAUUCAGGUGCGUUUCUAAGACAUUGUGCUCUCUCAUCUCCAGCCCCUAUUUCAUCGCCACCCACCUCAGCCGCGCUCUUUCCAACCCCCAAAACUCAUCCAACAUUGUGUUCCACCAUUUCGACUACAGACUCAAGAAAGACCGAUCACCUGCCAUCUGCAUCCACCUGCUUUCCCUUGAUUCAGAAAAACAAGAGAGGAGUUUGGUAACUGAACGAUUUGAUCUUAAUUUCACAAGAGAUCCAUCAGAUUUCAUAGGAUCGCGUUGCUUCCGCGAUUGCAUGAAAGUAAUUGGUUCAUCUAACGGUAUCUUUUGUCUCACCAAAGAUUUUGAUUCAUACUUUCUCUGCAACCCUUGUAUUCAAAAAGCCAUAUCCAUUCUGUAUUGCCCCAAGACUGACGAUUACAAAGUGGUGAGGGUUGUAGAUGUCGAAGGCACCACUCGUUCUCUGGUUGAUAUUUAUACGCUUCGAACCGGUGCAUGGCGCUCUUUUACGGCCCCCGGUCUUCCCUACAACUUUAGUGAAUCCAACACCGGCGGUACUAUUUUCUUUAAUGGGGCAGUCCAUUGGCCAGCUUGCACUCGAGAGCACCAGUGCCCGUUUCGCCAUUUGAUCGUGUUGUUCGAUAUGGAGGAUGAGGUGUUUCGUGAAAUGGCUGUGCCAAAGAUAGUUGAUGGGUUGCUUGCUGUUAUACCCUACGGGGACGAUGAGGAUAUGCCCGUGUGGGUGAUGAAAGAGUAUGGAAGAGCGGAAUCAUGGAUUAAGCAGUUCGAUAUUAAGUUUUUGUGUGUGGAUCAUAUGAGCCUUACUCUACUGAAUGUAGCAGAUGGAAUAUCAGGAGUGCAAGCAACUUUGUCUUGUGUUAGUUGGGACAGUGAUUCAGUUGCGAACAAGCAGGAAAAGGCUGGUAGUUGCAGUCCUACUGGAAUUCUUGAAGCCCAGUUGAACUAG